CUAGAGCUACGAGCAUACCAGAUAGCUUCCUCUUUACUGUUUCUCCUUCCUCCUCCGUAUCAAGAUGCCUGGAAUCGCCGAUCUCCCCGUAGAACUCUUUGUAGACGACAUCUUCGCCUACCUUCCUGUCCGCGACCUCCUGAACUUUGGGGCUAUCAACCGCUUCUUCAAUUCUCUUGUGAAUGACGAGGCGUUGUGGCACCAGAGAAUUGGACAAGACUUCAAUUUCUCGGGGGCCGACACUGCUCGCCACAGCGGGUGGAAGUUCCUUUACAAGCGCCUCAGCAAUCCGGCCGUGUACGUCUGGGGGGAGAAGAGUGCAGGUCGUCUUGGUAUUGAAGAUCCACCGCGAUCCGGCGUCCGCGACGGUGUUCCCUACCCAGUCCGUCUUAACAUUCCUGGUGCGAAGAUCGUCUCUCUCGUUGCGGGCGGAAUGUCCUUCCAUGCUAUAGACUCCCGUGGAGACAUUUAUGUGUGGGGUAUGCUGGACGGAACUAGUAUUGCGCUGCGCAGCGAUGGAUUCUCUGACCCCUGCAAGAAAGCCGAGCGCCCUGUGCGGCUGAAGUUGCCAAUGAAGUUCCGCAGUCUCAGCUGCGGACGUCUCCAUACCACCGCGAUCGAUGCCGCGUCUCAAAUUUGGACCUUCGUUUCAUGGGGCCGCCCGUUCCGUCUCAGCUCAGCCCUCGUCGACAAGUCUAGCCCCGAAACCACCCCAAUCCAAGUCGAGAGCGGAUGGUCCUUCUCUUCUCUUCUCACCCAGUCGGGCGACGUCCUCGUUUAUUGGCCCAAUGGCGGAAGAUUGAAGGAAAUCAUUGACCAGAAGGCAGAAGAGUUGGAUAAGUUGGACAACGAGGAGCUCAAGGCCGCCGCAAAGGCGCGACCCACAGAAGCGGAACCGAACGUCGUCCCAUGCUACUGGUGGGUGUUGCACGGAGCCGACCCAGUCAGACUUCCCCCAAUCCCAUCCGGGAGCCUUCCGGCACUGCCACAUACUGGUCUCACUCAAGAGACACUAGACGAAGAAACGAAGUUGGUGAAGAUCGCAGCGCUGGACAACAACAUUAUCGGGCUAACCAACAAGGGCCAUGUUUUGCGCUAUGGCGAACUAUAUGGGGAAGAUGAAUAUCAACAAGGUCGCUGGGAAUACCUACCACUGUUCAGUGACGUACAGCAGAUCAAGAACAAGUUUGCUUCGACAACCAGCGAUAACAGCAGUCCGAGCUACAGUCCUCCUGACAGCAUGCUAAUUACCCAUAUCUCAGCGUCCUUCGAGACAUUCUUCGCGUAUUCCGUUGGCAAAACGUCUGCCGUGCUUAUGGGUAAAGGCAUACCCCCUCAAUCCGCCCAUGUCCCUCACCCAGACCCCUUCACCAACGACUUUGCCCCCACCAUCAUCCCCGAGCUGCAGAAUCGGUCCGUCAUCUCUGUCGUCCUCGGCGACUACCAUUACGGCGCGCUCACCGCGACCGGCAAGCUCCUCACCUGGGGCCAGUUCUCCAAGGGCGCGCUCGGUCUUGGGGACCCCCUCGAAAUCGAGGUGGGCCAGCCGGGAGGCUUCCCGUCCGAGCAGGCGCGCAACCAGGCGGUGCGCCCCAGGUACGGUCUGAUACGCACCCCUCCAGAUGUGCAGGUGCCGACAGAGGUGCGGUUCGACCAUGGGGAGAAGAGGGGGCGGGUCAAGUACUGCUUCGCCGCCGCGGCGCUAGGCUGGCACACCGGGGCGUUGGUAAUCGAUCUUGAUCCUGACCAAGAAGAGGAAGAGGAAGAAGAGGAGCGUGUCACUAACGCCUUCCCUGCAAACCAAGAUGGAGGUGGAGCGGAGCAGGAGGAGCCACCAGCACCUGGUGACACGAUGGCUCACAUCAUGCCAAUCGGUUUUGGGCGAGGAAGGGGUAUGCAUCCGUUCAGGGUUGGCUUUGCCGGGAGGGGUAUGCUUGGGCCAGCAUCUCGAUUCUUGGAGGCAGUACCCGACUACCCCGAAGACUUGAUCUCACCAAGCCCGUUGUCGCUCUCAAGAUUGUACAACGAGCUGAAUCCGGAGAAUUGA